AUGCCUUUCGGAUUGAAAAAUACGGGGGCAACUUACCAAAGGCUGGUGACGAAGAUGUUCAAAGAACAACUAGAAAAAAUGAUGGAGGUAUACGUCGAUGACAUGCUGGUCAAAUCCAGAAGGAAAGAAGAUCACGUCGACCACUUAAGAGAAGCCUUCGGCAUACUCAGGCAAUACAAUAUGAAACUGAACCCCAAAAAAUGUGCAUUCGGCAUGGCCUCAGGAAAAUUCUUGGGUUUCCCAGUGUCGCAGCGGGGUAUCGAGGUUAAUCCUAACCAAAUCAAGGCCAUCGACGGGAUACCAGAACACUUGACCACCAAAAAGCAGGUCCAGAAGCUGACUGGCUAUUUCGCCGCCCUUUCGAGGGUUAAGACUAGCAGUCAAAUAUGGGGCGAAGUAGUUAAGGUUGCGCUGCGAUUUUCAGCUCGUGGUCAACCAAGUCACAAGGACUUUCCAAAUCAAGGAGCAGAGGUUACAAAAAUACCAUACCGAAAUCUGCUAACUACUACCCGAGUCCGACGAAUGUCAACUCGACCAGAUUCCCCGAGCACAGAAUAUCGAGAACGACGUACUCCCAACGAUAAUAAAGAGGCUAAGAAGCUGCGAAUGCAAGUGGCCAGAUCCAACAUCGUUCACAACGACUUAUACAAAAGAACAUAUGGCGGACCUCUAGCAAAAUGCUUAGGCCCAAAUCAGACGCGGCGCGUCCUUGAAGAAGUACACGAAGGCCACUGUGGAGCUCACUCUGGAAAUUGA